AAACAUGAACCAUAAUAUUAAAUCAUGCGGAAAGCUUAACAAAAUUUUCCUGCUUUUCCUUUUCUCCACAAAUCCAUAUCCAGACUAAUGAAAUUGUAUCAAUGAAAAGCUUUAAAAUCCCAAUUGAAUACCAUAAUAUUAUUCUUUCUCAUUAAAAUAAUUCAUUUGGAUCCCUAAAGUCAAGCGAUUGAGGCAAAUUUUUGUUCAUAGAUACAUUUAACGGUAAACUACGUCACUACAAUCUCUGCCGACUAUUUCUCUUUCUCUUUUUUCGGAGGGGGUACCUAAACUUUGAGCGUAAGCUCAUGCCGGCGAAAAAGUUUUUCUCUAUAAUCAACGACAUCCCCCAUGGCUGAGGCUUCUCUUCGCACAUCGCCACUGUAUAUUGUCGUGGAUGCGGCAUCGUAACGUCGUCGUCUUCCCCCAGAAAUUCAAUCGAAACAAUAAAAAAAAAUAACAAAAAAAAGUGAAGAAAAGAAAAUAGUUUUCCAUAAUUUUCCUGCAUUUCUUUUGCUAGUUCGAGAAAGAAAAAUGUUGUGUACAAGUGCAUACAUUAUUACCAUUAAGUAGGUACAUACCUCACUAAAGUACUUGUCUGUAUUUUCAUUUCCCCAGUUCACUUCAACACUUCGUCCGGAAAUAUAUUCCGAAAUGUUUUAAGCAAAGUUAAAUUAUUCAACCAAUCAUUUCUAGAAAAACAAAGAAGAAUAUCGAUUCGAAAAAAUAAAAAAAAAAAACAAAACAAAAUAAAAAACAGAUGUUAACCGUGAUUCAAUUUAUAUAAAUGUGCGUGUGAUGUAAUGUCCUCAUGAAUCGUUACUAAAACGUGUAACAAUUAAAAAGCAACCCCUCUUCAAAGACAAGAGGGUACCUGUACCCAGAACACCAUGGAGAAUUUUACAAGAACACCGAUGUUCUUGCGGAAGGUUCUGACCGAAGCGAGGAGAUCAUUUCAACGCCAAGAAGUGGAUUUAGCUCCGGAAAUGGAACUUUCACAUAGUCUAACAUUAAAUGAGGAUGCCCUCAAACAGCUUCCUGAACAAAAACGUCCAGUAUUUGUUUUUGAAUGGCUGCGCUAUUUGGAAAAGGUCCUGGUGACCGCUCAAAAAUCUGACAUCAAAUCAUGCCAAAAGAAGCUAGUUCAACAAUUGACCGCACACAUCCAAGGUUCACCUGGACCACCGACAAGAAAACUUAUUGCCAAUUGUUUAGCAACUCUAUUCUCUGUUGGAGAUACAUUUUUGCUGUUUGAUACAGUGAAUGCAUGUAAUGAUAUUCUCAAAAAUAAAGAUGAUUCCCCAAGCUAUUUGCCAACAAAAUUGGCAGCAAUUUGCGUUCUUGGUUCAAUGUAUGAGAAACUUGGUCGUAUGAUGGGUAGAUCAUACGAAGAAACAGUUCAAAUACUUCUUCGAACAUUACGAAGUGCAGAAUCACAAACAAGAAUCGAAAUCAUGAUAACCCUGGAAAAGAUCUGUUCGGGAAUGGAUACAGCUAUUUCAAAUGUUCACAAGGAUAUUUACAAGGCUACCAAACACUGUCUUACUGAUCGUGUUAUGGCAGUACGUGUUGCAGCAGCUAAAUGCAUGCUUGAAAUGAUUAACCAUGCUCCAUUCUUAUACCAAACCGAAUUGGAGAGUCUUGCAACGCUUUGCUUCCGUUCGUUUGAUGGUAGCAAUUAUGAAGUUCGAUGUGCAGUUGCAAAAUUGCUAGGAACACUUUUAGCAUUUACUCAAGCUCCACCGGAUGGCAACAAAAAACCAGCUAUGUCAGCUAGUAAGAACCAGCCAAGAUCAACUUCUCUAGAUGAAGCAUUCGGAAUCCUUAUGUCAGGUUUUCUUCGCGGUGGAGUUUCAUUUCUUAAAGGAACCGGUGAAAUAAUCAAAGGUAGUUCCGGAGUAAACCGUGAAGUUCGCGUUGGAGUAACACAUUCCUAUGUGGUAUUUGUUCAAAAUAUGGGCAGUGUUUGGUUGGAACGCAAUCAAACUACAUUUUUGGCUCAUGUUCUUGAUUUGGUGGCUAAUCCAAAAGCUGCUUCCUCUCAUGUAGAUGCAGUGUAUUCACGGAAGUGUAUCAACUUUAUUCUUCGCUCUAUUAUUGGGAAGAUGCUCGGUGAAAAAGCUCAAACUUCAGCGUGCAAGGAGCUCAUACACAUUGUGGCCAAACAAAUGAACUCUAUUGACUUUAAUCCGGAGAACGCCAAGGAUUCUAACCAAGAAACACUUUUCAGUCAGCAUUUGUUAGUGUGUGCUUUGCAAGAACUAGGAAGUCUUGUUCUCGGCUUGGGCACUACAGCUUUGAACCUAUUAAAUGAUCAUACUCUAAAUGCUAUUGAUGCCACUUGCGCAGUCCUUGUGCAUCCAUGCGCUGCCGCACGAUUAGCUGCUGCUUGGUGUUUGCGUUGCUUCUGUGUUGCUGUGCCAAGUCAUAUAACUCCAUUAAUAGAUCGAUUUGUCGAUGCUAUUGAACAAAUGCGGUCUUCUCCAGAAGCCAUCGCUGGUUAUAGCUGUGCAUUGGCUGCUAUUUUAGGAAGUGUACGCUUUUCUCCUCUCGGCAUACCCCACACCAAGGGUAAAGUUGUAUUUAAUUGUGCCGAGGAGCUACUGAGGUCAGCAAGUCAAAAUAGUCGAAUGUCAUUAAAUCGAACGCAAGCUGGUUGGUUGUUAAUUGGAGCUAUAAUGACAUUGGGCUCACCAGUUGUCAAAGGACUUCUUCCAAGAAUGCUGCUUUUGUGGAGAAAUUCAUUCCCAAGAUCCAAUAAAGAAUUGGAAUCAGAAAAAGCCAGAGGAGACUCAUUUACCUGGCAAGUAACUCUAGAAGGCAGAGCUGGUGCUUUGUCUGUGAUGCAUAGUUUUCUAUUGCAUUGUCCAGAUUUAGUUACAGAUGAUAUUACACGACGUUUACUCACACCAAUUGAAAGUGCUCUAGCUAUGCUAGUGAAUCUUGCACCCGUUUUAAAAAGCUAUGGAACACAUUUAAAAGCUCCAGCAGCUAUGGUUCGUUUGCGAUUAUAUGAAACAUUGGCAUUGCUUCCACCAAAUGCAUUGGAAUCAUCUUAUACACAUUUGUUGAGAAUGCUCGUCUCAGAGUUUACACUUUCUGAAAAUCCAGCAAAUACAACCAAUUCUUUGUUGAGAGCACUUUGUCAUGCUGAUGAUUCAAUUAUUCUGGGCACGUGGUUGCAGGAAACAGAUCAUCGUACAAUCGAAGAUCAGAUGGAACCGAACAGAAGAUCCGACGGUGAACAUUUACAACCAAAUAGUGCUGCUGGCUCUGGAGCCUUGGAACAUGAUUCUUGUUGCUUAUAUCGACCAGUACCAAAAAGUGAACAAUGUCCCGGGCCACUUCCUCUUGGAGUUGCAGUCAUCGAUAUGUCAGUACAUCUGUUUGGAUUAAUAUUCCCCAGAGUUGCCAAUAAGCAUCGCUUGCAGAUGCUUGAUCAUUUUGGUGAAUGCAUUAAACAAGCAAAGAGUUCACGCCAAGAAGCAGUUCAGAUGAACAUCUUCACUGCACUUUUGAGUGGUUUAAAAGGACUCACCGAAAGCAAGAGCGGCAUGGGACAGGAAGAUGUUAAGAAAAGCGCCACUAAUCUCAUCAUUGGCGCAUUGGUUAGUUCCAAUUCAACACUCAGAUGUGCAGCUGGUGAAGCAUUAGGAAGAAUCGCUCAAGUAGUCGGAGACUCACGGUUUACAGCUGAAUUGGCACAAAAUAGUUUCGAUAAAUUGAAAUCCGCUCGUGAUGUUGUCACAAGGACUGGACACUCGUUAGCUUUGGGCUGUCUUCAUAGAUAUGUUGGUGGAAUGGGAUCCUCACAGCACUUGAAUACAAGUGUAUCAAUUCUUCUCGCUCUGGCUCAAGACACUAGCUCUCCUGUAGUUCAAGUGUGGUCGCUUUAUGCUCUAUCACUUAUAGCUGAUUCAGGUGGCCCCAUGUUCCGCGGAUAUGUAGAAGCUACAUUGUCGCUUAGUUUGAAGUUGCUUCUUUCUGUGCCACACUCCAAUGUGGAUGUCCAUCAAUGUAUUGGCCGAGUUUUGAAUGCUCUUAUUACUACCAUGGGUCCGGAACUACAAGGAAACAUGUCUUCCAUUAUAACAAUGCGUUCUUCUUUCAUGUGCGCUGCGGCUGUUAUGCAAGCGCAUGCUGAUCCUCUUGUUCAGGCCGAAGCAACUGGUUGUCUUCAACAAUUGCAUUUAUUCGCACCAAAACAUGUGAAUUUGUCUUCUUUGGUUCCGACUUUAGUAAAAACGUUGUCGAGCAACUAUUUAAUGCUAAGAAAAGCCGCAGUAGCUUGUCUAAGACAAUUGGCUCAACGAGAGGCCAAAGAGAUCUGCGAACAUGCUUUGACCCUCACAGCUGAAGAAUGUCCGGGUCUUCUAAUAACCGAAUCUGGUCUUCCUGGAGUGCUUUUUGGAAUGCUUGACUCAGAAUCUGAUAGCGAGAUGAUUAAAAAUAUCCAUGACACAAUCACUUCGAUGUUGCAGAUGCUAGCAUCUGAUAAUUUGAGCUCAUGGUUGAGCCUUUGUAAGAAUGUCCUUACAGUUGCAGUAGAGACAUCUACCGAUGAAACUCAGAAAGUUGAACUUGUUGACGACAACGAGGAUGACAACGAAAACGAUGAUGAUGAUGUGACAGAGUACCAUGCCGAAGAAAAUACAAGCACCCAUCCAGCUGUGCAGCCACGUUGGCCAACCAGAGUAUUUGCUGCAGAGUGUGUUCGGAAGAUUAUUUCAACAUGUGAAUCAGCAAAUCCCAUACACUUUGACCUCAUUCAGGCCAAAGAAAUGCAAAUGAUCAAGAGUCGAGGAGACUAUUUAAUCCUGCAUUUAUCCGAUUUGAUUCGUAUGUCGUUUAUGGCGGCAACAAGUGAUUCCGAUCAACUUAGACUUGAAGGAUUACGAACUCUACAAGAGAUAAUUGAUAAAUUUGCUGGAGUUCCCGAACCAGAGUUUCCUGGACAUUUGCUUUUGGAACAAUUCCAAGCUCAAGUUGGAGCAGCUCUCCGACCAGCUUUCUCUUCUGAUACUCCUUCUCAUGUCACCGCAGCAGCUUGUGAGGUCUGUUCUGCUUGGAUAGGAUCAGGUGUAGCCAGAGAUCUGAAUGAUUUACGUCGAGUUCAUCAACUUCUUGUGUCUAGCUUGGACAAGCUGCACUCAAAAACAAACAGUACACAACUGUAUAACGAAAGCAUGGCAACUCUUGAGAAACUGAGUAUUCUAAAGGCCUGGGCUGAGGUGUAUAUUGUGGCUAUGAUUGGAAAUGGAUCUGCACCAGCAAGCUUGUUGCAAAAGAAACUCUCAAGUAAUGCAAAUAAUAUUAUAUUAAUGGCAAGCACUGGAACCGAGUCAGAAGACGGAGAUUUUGGAGAGUUCGAGAGCCGAGGCGAGAGUCUAUUGAACUUGGUAAAACCAGAAUUGGGCAACCUAUCAACUCAUUGGCUAGCUGCAUUAAAAGAUCAUGCAUUGUUGCUGCUUCCAUCAGAGUUUCAAAGUCAAUUGCCGCACGAUGGCGGUGCAUUUUAUACAACAGACACUAUCAACUCCUCAAAGCCACACUAUCUUACUUCAUGGCCACCUAUCUUGUAUGCAGCUGCCCUCUGGUUGAAAGGUGGUGGGUUUGAUGAGAAGGAAAAUGCCAAAGACGACAAAUCAAACUUCGAGAAUAACAAUGCAAUUUCACAUGGCUCAUUAUCUGCGGAUCGUUUUCAUAUGAUCUUUGGCAUUUGCAUGGAAGCUCUGUGCAGUACACGAACAAGCGAGAAACCCAAAAAUGUCAUAAGCUGCUUGCAGAGUCUCUACACUAUAUUUGAUUCACAGUGGGCAAGGAAAAUGCUGGUCAAGGACAAAUCCCUAACGAUAGAGCUAUGCAAUGUUCUACAUCGACAGAUUCUUACCAGAGAUGAUCUUCUUGUGCAAUUGUUGUGCAUGGAAAUACUUAAACAGAGUAUCACCGCAGCCAAAGAGUGCUUGGAUGAGAAAAGAAACUCAAAAUUGGCUGAAUGUCAAAAUGACAAUGAGGCAAAAACAGAUCUUUGCAAAGAUUUGGACAAUUAUGGCGAAGGUGGUGAGCAAGGUGAUAUAAUUCCCGGACAAUCGCAUGUGUAUGCUGUCCUUGAAGUGUGUCUAUGCGUGUUUGUUCGGCAAAUUCCAUCUAUGAAUCCGAGCAGCAACAGUAAACUAACAACGGAACAGUUAAAAAAGGAGUUGGCUUUGCGAAGUGCCAUCCCAGGAGCCAGUUUGUUGCCAGAGGACAAUGGAAUGUUGGUCGCCAGUGGGCUACAGUGUGCUGAGGUGCUCACUGAAUUAUGUUCUCCAAGAGGAGCUCUUUCCAUACUUCCAACUAUUCUCUAUAUGACCACCAGUAUUAUUAAGGAGAUUGCAACAAAGUCAACAAACGAUCCGGCGAUCCUUGCCAACACCGGUCCGGUGCAAUCUGCUUUGCACUGUUUGAAGUCUGUCUGCACUGACAAAUGGGCAAGUGAUGAACGUGCCGCAACCGAAUGGUAUAAACUUCUUCAGAGCUCCUUGGCUAGUAUUCUCGAUUUGACAAAGACCGGAAGUGAAGAGCGCAAAGUCGAUGAAGUCACAAUGAUGUUGGCUAUAGCUGUAUUUAUACUUCACACUCCUACCAGUGUUGUAGCAGCGCCAUCUUUGCAGUAUCCCUGCAUCAAUCACUUCCGUCAAUGUGUCCAAAGUGAAAAUCAAACUGUGCGACUCAAAUGCAUUCAAACAAUACGCUCCAUUUUUGCCAAAGCCGAUCUUAAAGUCGCCACACCCUAUAUACAUGCUUUAGCACCACGAAUAAUCGAAGGGCUUUAUGUGGAAACGGCAAAAACACCACGCAAUGAAAAUGAGCUUUCUAUAGUGUUGGAAAGUGUUAUGACUGUUGAAACAUUGAUUGAAUUGGCCGAACCACAAAAUCGGAACUUAAUGCAAGGCAUACAGAUGUUGACUCUCUUAGUACCUGUUCUCAUCAAUUAUCUGGCAGAACCAUCAAAACUUCGAACUCUUCCCAAGUCCCAACGUCAAUUACAUGAGCAAUCGCUUCAAUGGCUGAUGAAGAUCGGACCAAAAUAUCCACAGGAAUUUAAAUCCCUAAUGAGUCAGUCUCUUGAGUUGCGCCAAAAACUUGAGGUAGCAGUUAUCAACAAUCAACAAUCAGCGUCAAUUACCAAUCGAAAUAACAAUGAUGUUCAGAAUGGUAACAAACCAGGAUCUAAUGUCCAGAAACCUACCAUCAAGCUUAAGACAGAUUUUAGCAAUUUUUCCUAAAGUGGAAAAGUUGAAUUAAUUAUUGAUUGUAAUUAGGAUGUCGUCGAAGCUUAUAAUGUUGAAAGGCCUACCUUUUUUUU